CGCGCGCUGGGCCCUGCUUUGCGCGCGCCCGCUCCCGACCAGUCCCUCGGUGCGUUCUGCCCUCAGGGUCGCGGCGCCCGUCCCUCUCUGGUUCUGUCAAGGCCCUGGAACCUAGCUGGGGCAGGGACUGGAGCCGCGGGACGGCGCCUGGAGGUUCCCAGGGAGCCAUGGAGCUAAACACCAAGAAGAAGCUUCACGCCCUGUCCCUGGCUGAGAAAAUCCAGGUUCUGGAACUCUUGGAUGAGUCCAAGAUGUCCCAGUCAGAGGUGGCUCGGCGCUUCCAGGUCUCACAGCCCCAGAUCUCACGUAUCUGCAAGAAUAAGGAGAAGCUGUUGGCAGACUGGUGCAGUGGCACAGCCAACCAUGAGCGGAAGCGGAAGCGUGAAUCCAAAUACAGUGGGAUCGAUGAGGCUCUACUCUGCUGGUACCACAUUGCCCGAGCCAAGGCCUGGGAUGUAACAGGGCCCAUGUUGCUCCACAAGGCCAAGGAACUAGCCGAUAUCAUGGGCCAGGAUUUCGUGCCCAGCAUUGGAUGGCUGGUCCGCUGGAAACGCCGAAACAAUGUGGGCUUUGGGACUCGCCAGGUCCUUGUCCCUCUGUUCCCUCCUGAACCACCUCCUGCAGUUUUCCCCUCUCAGGCCCAGCCACCUCUUUCUCUUAAAGACUUCUCACCAGAAGAUGUUUUUGGCUGUGCUGAAGUACCCUUGUUGUAUCGAGCAGUGCCCGGCAGAGUGUUUGAAUGUGAUCGGUUGCAAGUAUUGCUGUGCGCCAACAGCAGAGGCACAGAAAAGAGAAGGGUAUUUGUGGGUGGGCUCCAGCCUGCCCCAAGAUGCUUCUUUGGGGUCAACAGUGAGGCACUGCCUGCCUCCUAUCACCCUGACUUAGCCAUUCCCUGGUCAGAGUGGCUGGCACAGUUUGACCAGGACAUGGGACAGCAGGGCCGACAGGUAGCCUUGCUGUUGGCUUCUGGAGUGGUAGAGGAAUGGGCCAGCCCUCCUGGACUCCACCACGUGCGACUCCUGCCUCUCUCCACCUCCAGCACCACUCCUUCCCUGCCUGGCUCUGUGGUUUUGGCCUUUAAGGCCCAUUACCGUCACCGUCUGCUGAGCAAACUAGCUGCCAUGCAGAGUGGGAAAGAGGGUACCUCACUUGCUGAGGCCAGGGCCAACAUCACAGUUUUGGAUGCUCUGCAUAUGGUGGCUGCAGCUUGGGCCAAAGUACCUCGCCAGCUCAUUUUGACCAGCUUCAUUCAAGAAGGGCUCGCUCCAGGCAAAACACCACUGUCUCUGGACAAAGAUACUGAGAUGUCACCAGUCCCUAGUGGGCUGAGCCAAGAGGAGUUUUCUCACUUUGUGGACCUGGAGGAUGAGGACCCAGGGCCUAGAGUAUGCAAAGAGGAGACCAGUACUGAAGACAAUGGGAGAGAAGAAGAUGGCUUUGAGUCCCUGCCCACCAAAGCUGAUGCCCUGAGGGCACUGUGCACCUUGAGGAGGUGGCUUGAAUGCAACAGCACCUCUCCAGAACUCUUCGAGAAAUUCUAUGACUGUGAGGUGGAGGUAGAGCAGCUCUGCUGUCUGUGAGGAGGCAUGGCUGCCUGUAGUCUCCCUCUCCUGUUUCCCAUGGAAACGCCUCUCCAGAGGCAGACUGGCUCUUUCCUGUGGAAAUUAUAUGUGGAGGGUGUAGAAGGGAAGGAAGUUGGAGCACAAAGUCUAAGAUCAGAGUAAAAGUUGUUGAAGCCUAGAGUUUCUAUAGAUGGGGCCUCAAGAAUAGGAAUCUGAGCUGUGUAGCUUCUAGGCCCUGGUGAAACUUCUAGAGCUUUGUGGGGAGUUAGUCUAAAUAGGGUAGAACCUAGAAAGGUAGACUUCCUAACAGUGGCCCCAUUCCUUGAAUUUUGUGUCAAAACCAAUUCUGCUUCAGGAAAUAAAGUUUUUAACCAGAAAGUCA